AUGGGCUUCAUCACGAAGAUGGAGAAUCUGCUGCGGCUCAACCGCCCCGAGACGCAAAACUUCUUCAUGGGAUGGGUCCUAUUCUGUGCUCCAGGCAUAUACGUCGCCGUCAUCGGCCUGGGGGCUGGAGGAGGCAAACCGAGCUCUGCGCAGGUCGCCUCGUUGACGAAUGUGAUCAUCUACGGCCUCUUCACCAUCUGCGGCUGGUUUGGCGGCGCGGCGCUGAACAUCCUCAAGCCCAAGCUGAGCGUCAUGAUCGGGUCGGUGGGAUACCCUCUGUACGUCGCUGGCCUCUGGUACUAUGAUCGGACAGGCCACAGCUGGUUCCCCCUGUUCGCCGGUGCCGUCCUGGGCUCUCUCUGCGGCCCCCUGUGGACGACGGCGGCCUUUAUCCAGUUUGCCUAUCCCCAAGAGAAGGACAAGGCCAAGUUCAUCAGCGUGCAGUGGAUACUGAGGUCGGCCGGGGCGACGGUGGGAGCCAUCAUCGCCCUUUCAGCCAACUUCCACCAGCAAAAGGCCGUGGGAGUAUCGAGUGCUGUCUACGGCACCUUCACGGCCAUCCACUGUCUGCCCUUCUUCAUCGCCCUCUUCUUCCUCGUCGACCCGCAAAAGGUCGUCCGCAAGGAUGGGACUCACAUCGCCAUCUUCAAGCCCACCAGGCUCUCUGUCGAGCUCAAGGCCAUGGCCAAGUCUUUUUUUGACCCCAGGAUUGUCAUUCUCUUCCCUGCCAUCCUGGGCUGCGAGAUGUCCCUUGCUCUUGUUAGCAGUAUCAACGCCUUCUAUUUCAACCUCAGGACCCGAUCCCUGAACAAUCUGGCCUUUCAUUCGAUCCAGAUGUUCAUGCCCUGGAUCAUGGUCUUCGUCCUGGACAGCCGUCGAAUCAAGAGCCGCAAGAGCAGAGGUUUCAUCGGCGUUGCCUUCAUCGGAGCCAUAUCUCUCGGUGCCAGCGCCGGACUCUACGCCUGGCUCGACAUCAACAGCGUCGGCUCUCUCAAGAAACCCCUGGCCAAGGACUGGACGGAUCCCGAGUUUGGCGGCAUGUUCACCCUCUUUCUCCUGUUCGGAGCUAUCUACGCUGCCUACCAGAUGACCAUUGAAUGGGUCGUCAGCGCUCUAACCAACGAUCCCUCUAAGCUGGCGCAGUUUGGAGGAAUCUUUAAGGGGACGCUCAGCUUGGGCAUCUGUCUCUCUUUCGUCAUGGCUGCUGAAAAUGUGCCCUUCGUAGGCCAGCUGUCCCUGCAGUUCUCUCUCUACAUCAUCGGAGUGAUUGGUAUGAUAUACGUCUUGAUCGUAUAUGUCAAGGAGACCAACUACUUCACCGAGGAGAAUGUCAUCGCUCCGCUGAGUGUCGAGGAGCAGGCCAGAGCCGCCGGCCUCGUCACCGAUGAACAGACCCAGUCCGAAGCUGCUAAGCACAAGGCCACUGGCAUGAACGCCAAAGACGACAAACAGGAACUUGAAAUCUCAGUCGCUGCCUAA